GUAAGACGAUGACUGCAACUGCGAGUGCGAACGCAAUGAAGACGAUCUGAACAAAUAAUUUUUGCUCGCAGUCGCAUAGCUCUCUCGCGACGACGCCAUGGCUGCUGUCACCGGCAGCUUCACCUUCAAACCCGUCCUGACGAACUCCAAGGCGACGACGACGUCUCCGCCUUUCUCCCUCUCCUCGCUCGAGUCGUCGAAGCUCUUCCGAGCCCGCCACUCCGAGGCAACGAGCCUCCCCAAGUGGUCUCUCGUCCUCGCCCCCCGUAGUCUCUCCGUCGCCUGCCGUUACGGCGGCGGCGGAGGCGGAUCGCGCUACUCGGGUUCGGGAGAUUGGAGGCGGUCCCGGCAGAGCGAUUCCGAUGACGAUCAAGCGCUUGAUAUAUCCACUAUCAGGUCGGCUACUGUACGGUUGAUUGACCAGCAGCAAAAUAUGGUUGGGGUUGUGUCUAAAAGUGAGGCAAUUCAGAUGGCUGAGGAUGCUGAGCUCGAUCUGGUAAUUUUGUCCCCUGAUGCAGAUCCCCCAGUGGUCAGAAUCAUGGAUUACAAGAAAUUCAAGUACGAACAACAAAAGAAGAAACGGGAGCAGCAGAAGAAAAGUGCUGCUAGUCGUAUGGAUCUGAAGGAGCUGAAAAUGGGUUACAACAUUGAUCAACAUGAUUAUUCUGUUCGUUUAAAAGCAGCACGGAAGUUUCUGAAAGAUGGUGAUAAGGUUAAAGUUAUAGUGAACUUAAAAGGUCGUGAAAAUGACUUCAGAAAUAUUGCCAUUGAGCUAAUCAGACGUUUCCAAAAUGACGUUGGAGAGCUUGCAACCGAGGAGAGCAAGAACUUUAGGGAGAGGAACAUAUCCAUUGUUUUGGUCCCAAAUAAAGCUCUUCUGCAGAAAGGUCAAGACCCACCAAAGAAACAAGAAAAAUCAUCCGCCAAUGAAGUCUCAGCCAGCAUAUGAGAGCCAAGCGCCGAGGUAGAAGACUCGCAAGCCAUUUUUGUCUGUCUUAAUGUAUCCAUCUUUCUCUAGAUUGGGAAAUUUUUGUAACUUGUGUACAGUAGCGAGUACAACGGCCUAUUUGGAGAACGGGCUAACUAGGUUUGAAACAAGUUAGCAGAAUAGCAGCACUUGGCCUGCCGGACUAGUGCUAAGUUCAAAUACUAAAUGUACUUUCAAGAAAAAUUUGUCAAUGAAGUGUAGUACCUUAAAAGCACA